UUAUUGAUUAUCAUAGCAAAGUAUUUAUAUACAAUGGUCUUUCCUAAUUCUAGAUAGAAUCGUAUCAUAGAAGAUAUUAUUGACAUAUUUUUGUAUAUAUCCUAAUAAUUUCUUUUGACUUUUUUCUAUAAGUCGGCCACGCAAAAAAAAGGAAACAAGAGAAUAUAAAAAUUACAAGUUGCAAAGGAAACAAAGAAAGCUCAUCUUUGGCUAUAUAAGGAGGGGAUGUCUCAUAACUUUUAAGGAUCAUCCAAACAAGAAAUACAAGAGAGAAGUAGAGAAAGAGCAAGAGAGAUAUCAAGAGAGAAGUUCGACUCAUCUUCUUCGUGUGCUCUGAAGUUAUGGGAGAACGCAAAAACCUAAACAAGUAUCAUCCGCCAGAUUUUGAUCCGAAGAAGAUACAUCGCAUCAAGAAACCGAAGAACCAGCAGAAAAAGAUUCGAUUUAUGCUUCCAGUGCGUGUUCGCUGCAACACAUGUGGUAAUUACAUGUCGGAAGGCACCAAAUUCAAUUGCCGUGAAGAAGACGUCAUCACCGAGACGUAUCUAGGUAUUAAAAUCCAUAGGUUCUACAUUAAGUGCAAUACAUGCUUGGCAGAGGUAACAAUUAAAACCGAUCCAAGGAACGAGAGUUAUACUGUCGAAUCAGGUGCAACUUGCCUUUAUAAUGGACACGAAAAGGUAGAGAAGAAGAGGCAUGAGGAAACAGAAAACGCAUUGGAAUCAUUAGAGAAGAGAACUGUGGUAUCUAAAAGAGAGAUUGAAGUUAUGGCUGGGCUUGAUGAGUUGAAAUCUAUGAAGUCUAGACGAGCCUCAGUGAGCGUAGACUCCAUGCUUGAGGCUUUGAGUAGAAGAAAAAAACAAGAAGAAGAGAACGUGGAGGAAGAGUUGCUCAUUAAGUCGAUACAAUUUGGUAAGCGGAGUAGGAUUGAUGAAGAGAAAAACUAUGAGAAGAAGAAGCCUAAGAGACGUGAUUCUGGUAAAUUUCCCAUUAAAAUCUCUUCUGUUUGCAUAAUCUCGAAGAAGACGGGACUCGAAUCUCUGUGUCACAAGUAUGGCACCGACAGUGAUGAGGAGAAGUGAAUUUGGGGUUUUUUUUUUGGUAAUUGAUUUAAGUGAAUCAGUAUUGCUGUAGCUUAGUUUUUUUUAAUCAAAUCCAGGAUUAUGUUAAUUA